AUGAAACCCUGGAAGAUUCCAGCUCUAAAGGACCUGAAGUACAUCAUUAGAGAGAUCAACAUGUUCAUAGAGUCCACUGAAGCAGUGACAUCCAUCUGUACCCUGUACGAGCUCGGCCAGUCGCUGGCCGGCCUGAAGGACAAGAAGCGCUUCGAGGAGCUGAACCUGGGGCCUCUCUGCAAACUCCCGCUCGUCCACCGCAUGUUCAAGAUCGACAGCAACACUAAGGAUGACGACAUCCACCAGAUUGAGACAGUAGACAUCUUAAAGCAACUUCGUGUUUUCCGGAGGCAGCAGACGAAGUCAAAAGUCGACCUGGCUGAGUUUAUGAAGUAUCUGGCCGACCACUACAGCUGUGACUCUCCCUACGAGCUUGGGAUCAGGAUACACAGUGUUGGGCUGCCCAUAUCGACUCUGAUUAAGGUGAGUCGCUGUGAGCACGCCAUCAUGGAACAAGCCCGGGAGGUGAUCCAGAAGGAGCUGGAGGAGGAGACCCACGAGCAGCUGAGGAAGAUCAAGAAGAGCGUGUUGGAUCCGGUGCAAGGAGCGGGCUCCUUCUCCUCCAUGGGCAGCCUGGAGCUCAGGAAGAAGUACGCAUCCAUGCCGGCGUCCGAGGUGGUGCUGGCGGUGUUCAUGAACGCAGAGGGGGUGUUCAGUCCCAGGAUGACCAAGGUGACCGGCUGGCGAAGGCUCUGUUUCAGCUCGCCAUCUGCGGCGGCAACCUGGCCUGUCCCACAGGACCUGGUGCCCAAAGACAAGGCAGCCAAAACCACAGAAAAAACUAAAAAAGAGGACAAAUCUACCACAUCCCUCCCGAGUGAAGCCAAAGUGAAGCAGUUUCUUAAAGACAGCCUGACCUCUCAGAACUCAGCCGUCACUCUGGCCCACAUCACCGCUCUGGAGAAGAAGCUGAUCAAACACUUUCAGGUCAAAGACUUCCUCGCUUUAGAGAUGGGCAACUUCCUGGAGUUCCUGGUUAAACACAAUCAGCUUCUUCAGGACACACUGGGCUCCACUCUGAUCCUGGGCAGCGGCAGCAUGGAGUUUACGGGCAGCGGUUUCCGACCCACCAAACAAGACCUGUUUGAUUUCAUCAACCAGUGUGGCGACAUUUCCUCUGCUGAUCCAGAUGAACUUUCCCACAUCGAGUCAGCGUUGAGGUCCCACUACAGGGUCCGGGACAGUCGGGACCUCGGCUGUGGCUCUCUGAAAAUGCUGGCUGGCCUGGUCCAACGUCAGAGAGGGCUGGCCGGAGGAGGACUGAGCCAGGUCUACUACGAGUCUGCCCUGUUUGCCAAACAUGGAAAAUCAAGUGCUGAAGAUGGAUGUGAGGCGGUGGGACGUCUAGGUGAGAUGUCCAAGGCCCAGACCCUGGCCAGCCUGCUCUCCUGCCCCCUGCUGGAGGAUUUAAGUGAGUGGAGCCAAUGGGAGCUGAUCUUUAAACCCCUUCACGGCUCCCUCAAAGAUUUCAUCGAGAGAAACGCAGCUAACACUGGCCUGGCAGCGUUGGAGGUUACACCAGGUCUGCUGCUCAGGAUCACCAAACACACUGGAGACAAACAUUUCUCAAACGCCGCCAUGACCCUCGACCCUGUGGGCACAGCUGGCCAUCUGGUGUCCAUGGUGGUGACCGAUGGGAUCGUCAACGCUCCCACGGCCCUCCUCGCCAAUCACAUGCAGAGCUCCUUGGCAGCAGCUGUGGCUAAAGAAGAUUUGUCCCAGGAUGAAGAGGACGUGUCCUGUUACAGCAGAGUGGCCAAGUUCCUGUUGGCAUGUUUGACCCGAAUCCCCACCAGAACCUGCCAGGCUCUGCUGCAGCAGGUGUUUUUGGAGCCUUUCUCCCGUGUUCUGGGCCAGGCCAAGUCUAAACAGGUCCUGAUCGCUGUGGCCCAGUCCGACCCAAGACACCUGAACUGUCUGCACCGGCUGGGAAUCCUCCUGGGCAUCACAGACUGGGUCAAAGACUACCACAGAAAACUGGACCCACUCCAGAGUCAGAACUACAACAUGAACGCUGCACCUGUGGAACGAGCCAAGUCUAAUCUGAUAGACUCUGAGAGCAGCAGUCUGUCAGCUCUGAACAUGAGUGAGGACGAGUAUCUUGAGGAAAACAUCAUGGACAGCAGCUUUACCUCCUCCCAGCUCAACCACAGCCUUCAACAAGUUAAUGGUGAGCACGACAUGGAGGUUGAGGAGGAUGAGGAUGAGGAGGAGCUGUUUGAGUUGACCUCGCUGCCUAACGGGGAGACUUCAGACGUCAGCAUCGAAGCUGAAGGAGGCCAGGAUGACGAACAGUCAGAAACGUCUGAUUCCAGUGAAAAGGAUGCUGCCAGCUGCCAGUCAGAGACCACGUUCGAUCUCCAGAGAGACAUCAUUGAGGACAUCAGGAAAAGUGAGUUUGGUAUCGGUGUGGUGCUGACAGCUGAAGGCCAGAAGCUGAUGCAGGUUCACCAGGACAGACUGGGCCGCAGCCUGGAGCGCCUCUCCACUGAGCUCUACAGCAAAGACACGCACUUUGUCCUGGAGCUCAUUCAGAAUGCCGAUGACAACAGUUAUCCAUCGGAGGCCGGUGUCGCUCCAUCGCUGGCCUUUGUGGUGGAGAGAGACUGCAUCACCGUCCUCAACAAUGAGAUUGGCUUCCAGGAGAAGAACAUCAGAGCCAUCUGCGAUGUGGGUCGCAGCACCAAGGGCAAACACAAAUAUGGAUACAUUGGACAAAAGGGCAUCGGCUUCAAGUCGGUGUUUAAGGUCACAGAUUGUCCUGAGAUUCACUCCAACGGCUUCCACCUGCGUUUUGAUAAGACCUGUGGCUCCAUGGGAUACAUCCUCCCCCACUGGACUGAAGACAAACGUCCCGUGGAGGCGAAGCUGAAGACCGCAAAUCAGAUCAGCUGGACCACUAAGAUCUGCCUUCCACUGCGCUCAGAGAACCAUCAGACCAGGAACCUGUUUCAUGACGUCCACCCCUCCCUGCUGCUCUUUCUUCACCGCCUGCGCUCCAUCACCAUCUACAACCAGAGCGAGAAGCGUCUUGUGACCAUGACCCGAAAAGAUCUGAGUCACGAUGUGUUGGAGGUGGAGCACACAAACGGCGUAGAGCGCUGGCUAGUGGUCAAAACUACACUGCAGCCCAAGAAGAUCAAAGAGGACGUCGAGUCGACCGAACUCGCUCUGGCUUUCCAGCUCAGCAGCGACAACACAGGAAGUGACAUCGUAUGCCAGCCUCAGAAACAGCCCGUGUUCGCCUACCUGCCGCUUCGCAGUUUCGGCUUCCGCUUCAUUGUGCAAGGUGACUUUGACAUCCCUUCGUCUCGUGAAGAUGUCGACAGAGACAGCUCCUGGAACCAGUGGCUUCGAUCUGAGAUUCCUCAGCUUUUCCUUCAGGCCAUGGACGUCUUCACUAAUCACCCAGAGUUCAGUGGGCUGAAGGGGCUCUGCCAGUUCCUUCAGUUCAUCCCUCUUCCUGACGAGGUGAUGGAUUUCUUCAAGCCUGUUGCCGGGCAGAUUAUUCAGCUGCUGAAGGGCAAGGCCUUCCUGCCAACGCUCAGCUCAGAUGGGAAGGUUGUGUACAAGCUGCCGUCCCAGGUGGCCGUCUGUCAGGACACCGUGAUCCGCCAGGUGAUUGGUGGAGACGAGCUCGAACAACAUCUCUCUCUGUCCUAUCUCCACCCGGGUCUGAGUCCAGCCCCCGCCCACCUGCUCGCUCACCUGGGUGUUCGCAACCUGCGGGGAUCAGAUGUUACCACGGUAACCAUGGCCAUGGCCAAGGAGCUGAUGAGGGUGGAAGGCGUCCAUUCAGACGGCGGUCUGCAGCAGCUGGCCAGGCUGCUGGUCUGCAACUUCCAAGCUCUGGAGCACGGCUAUGGAGAGGCAGACUCCAUCUUGCAGACCCUAAAAGAUUUACCCAUAAUCCCCCUGGCUGAUGGACGUGUGGUCGCACUAAGUGGUGGAGGAGUGUUCUUUCCAAUGGAGGAAACCAAGACCAAGAAAAAGAAAGCUCAAGCUCAGAGAGAGCUGAUGUCCGACCUGUACAAGGAUGUAAACGUCGUUCAUCCCUCUCUGCUGAGCUGCGUGGAGCCCCUGGAGAGUCAGCAGGUCCGAGAGCUGCUCAGACGUCUCGGAGUCCACGAGCUGGAGCCUCAGGAGCUGUUGGAGCAGCACAUCUACCCCUCGAUACGGAACAACAAAUGGAAGUCAAAGCCGGAGGCGGUGGUGGUGAGCUACUUGGUCUUCAUCAAGCAGCACUCCUCCUCCAGUCAGGAGUACUCAGACGUUGCAGUACCGGUCCUCACCAACAGGGGUCUGCUGUGCCCAGGACAGGACAGGGUGCAUUUCUCUGAGGAGUACGGCAACAUCAACCUGCCAGAGAAACUGCCUGGCUGUGACUGGAUCUUGCUGAGCCCUCGUUACGUGCAGACAGACGGGGAUGUAGCAGGAUGGAGAGAGCUGUUUGGCAGACUGGGAGUCAGAGACGGCCUCAUCAUCCGCAAAGAGAGACAAACACUCAGCGCUAAAGAACUGGCCUCCAGCCCCUGGUCAGCUGAAAGUGCAAUGUGGCACCAAACCCCCGGGGAGGACUUCGUGCUCGAUGACUACCCUUGCAAGGAGUUUCAUGCCUUGGCCGCGGCCCAGAUGCCCGGCUCCCACCUCCUGCAGCAGAGACUGGCUUUGUUGGAGCUGCUGGCAGCCAACUGGGACACUGGACACCACUACUCUCAGUACCUCACAGCCCAGGUGAUCGACAGCGACGGACGACCGGUCAGGAGCAUCAAGUCCUCCUUCUAUCACUCCCUGUGUCGUCUUGAAUGGGUGCCGGCCUAUCGCCCGCAGGAGGAAGGACAGCAAGAGAGGAAGUACCUCUGUCCCAGCUCAGUCUACCUGAAAUCACCUGAGGUCACCAGCCUGCUGGGGAUUCAUGUUUAUUAUGUGGACAUAGAACCAAGCGAGUUCAGCAAAGUUCUAGGGAUGAGACAAAGUAUCUCAGUGGACGCUUUGAUUAACUACCUGAAGGAGUGGUGUGUCAAACCAGAAGCAGACAACCAGGAGCAGAGACAACCUGAAGACGAGUUGGAGGGAGCUUUUUUCACUUCCACAGUUCAGCACAUCCACAACGUAUACGACUAUCUGCAUACAAACUGUUCCCAGAGCAGCCUGAAGGAGCUGUUCCAGCACACCCCUGCAGUAUUCAUAGAGUACAACAGGCGUGCUGAAGGCUGGUGUUCAGGACGCUUCUACCACCUGAAGGAGGUGUGUUGGAGCGACACAACGAAGAUGUUCCACCGCUACAAACAGCUGACUCACAGACCAGACAGCACCGUUCAGGAGCCGAAAGUCCUGGCUCCUUUCUACAGCCAGCUGGAAGGCAUGAAGGACUUCUUCAUGAGACUGCUGAAUGUGGAUUCCAGCCCUAAUAUGAAGCAGUACGUCGGCUUGUUGGAGCUCAUCUGUUCUUCAUCUCCCAUACCAACUGCUGAAGUGCUACAGGACGUGUCUGUGCUCUAUGCCACACUCGCUCAAAAAUGUAAAAUCCAAGUGUCUGGAGAACAGGAACACACUGCUCCGUUCAAUCUUAACCAAAGUUACUGCUCCACUUUGAAAGGUAUGGUGUCCGAUAAGAAGGUCUUCCCAACGAAGGAUAACAGCUGGGUGAGUCUGCCGCGCAAACCCAUGAUUGCUGACAACAAAGAGCUGGAGAAGAUCUUUAAACCUCACAAGCAGGUCUGCCUGCUCAGCCUGCCACCGGCAGAGAAGAAGCCUGCUCCCAAGACCAAGACUGGGAACUUUGGUCAUUCAGUCCCUGGAGAACGAGCUAACACCGUACCUACCUUCAACGAGAGGGACAGAUCUUUGUUUCUGGAUAUCUGUGGUAUCCGUCCGCUGUCCGAGCGCGUCAAGACCGAGCCGCUGACUGAGAACCUGAGGCCCAGUCCGUCCAUGCAGGCCAUGGUGCGCUCCGUCAUCCCCUACAUCCAGAGGUUCCUCUACCACCACAACGAGGAGCUGGACGACGUCUACUCAGAACUGAUCGACAACAACAUAGGAGAGAAAAUCAAACGUCUCAGCUUUGGACAGGUGGGGAAGCUGUACAUUCGCUACCAGCUGGAUGUAGCUGACAGUGAUCAGCCUGUGGUGGAGGUGCAGGACGUCAUCUGUCUGCUGAAGGAUGAGAAGGAGCUCUACAUCCAGAAGGAUUACCUCUCAUCCAAGAUGGAGAUCUGCAGGGAGCUGGUGAAACUGUUCUGCACACAGGACAGCCACAGGAAAGAGCUGAAAUAUUUCCUGAGCGUCUUGGUGAAUGCACUCGAUGACCCAGCAGCUCUGAAGAGAUGCUUGAACAAGGAGAACAUCAGAGAGUUGCCCAGUGAGGAGGAGCAGUGGGAGGUCCCAGAGCCUCCCAAACCAGACAUUAACCAGGAGAGAGUUCUAUCAAGGAGCUACUCCUCCAUCAGCUCCCCGGAGGAGCCAUCCCACCCUGCACAGGACGACGGGGAGCAGACGCUGGUUUGUUGGCCUCCUCGAGCUUCUAUACAAAACACAGGAGGCAGUCGCUCAGGUCAGGCGGACGGAGGCGUGGUCGAAGCCGUCAUGAAGAUGUGGCCACCUCCUGCAGCGCCUAAAGACAGAGACCCAGAGAAAGAAGCUGCACUCAGAGAGAGCAGCCAUCAUGUCAUCCCCCAGAGUCUCAGCAGCAGCAUUGGUGAGGGAAACCAGCCACUCAGGAGCAGCAGAGCUCCAGACCAGCCCGUCCUCCAGAGAGUUCUCAGCCAUCCAGGCCAGCCGAACCCUGCUGCUGCGACCACCAGCAUCAACACCACCACAACACCUCCAGAGCGCCGUCAGCAGAGUGACACCAUCGAGUCUGACAGAGCUGAGAACAGAGAGGGAAGCCUCGCAGCUCCGACACCAGCACAGAGUCCUCCAUCUGCACCACCUGCUGAGACAGUUGGCAACCAGCCCGCUACAAACAGCCUCCUCGUCCCUGACGCCGUGGUGCUCUCCAGUACGUUUCAGGGGACUGCGGACACCCAGCGUCCCCCUCUGAACCUGGACUUCCCCUUCUGGAAUAAGGUCCAGGCUCCACAGGCCACUCUGGAGGACAUGGAGCUCAUCUGUCAGAGACCCACCACCGUGGUGUUAUCCGACGACUCGAUGGACGUGUCGGCGAUCGGCGAGUGGGGCGAGCAGCUGGUCGACUCCUUCCUGUGUCACUGGAGAGACAGCGGCGUCCCCGGGUGCCCCGCCCAUGUCCUGUGGUGCAACCAGAGCGGGGAGAGCGGCCAGCCCUACGACUUCAAACUCACCUUCAGACCUGCUGCAGCCGGGCCGCAGGUGGUGUAUGUGGAGGUGAAGUCGACGAUCAAGAAGGAGAAGUCGUUCAUCCAGCUCUCCGCCAACGAGCUGGACUUUGCGCUGAAGGAGAAAGAGCGUUACCACAUAUUCAGAGUGUACAGCGCUGGAGACGCUCAAAACGUUCGCCUGUGUCGCAUCCAGAACCUGGCGCAGCAUCUCCACACCAAAGACCUGGCACUUUAUCUGUUUGUAUAAGUCUCCUGAGCACUAUAACUCACACCAUGACGACAGGCUAAUUUGUAUUUUAAGUGUUUAAUAUGUCUUUUUAAGUUAAUCCUAUCUGCACUGAUUUUAGUUCUUUUAAUUGUAGCUACGAUGCUACCUACUGUAUCGUCUUUACUUCGCCUGAAAGACUGAUUUUGCACAUUUCUUUUUUCAUUCCUCUGUUCAAAAUAUUAUUUUUAUUGCCAACAAAUUCCACACAGAUGUGUAUUUUCUAGUCAAUGUACUCUUUUAAAGUGGUCAGUGAAUGUUUUUAACCCUUUUUUAUUCUCCCCUACCUCACCUCUACUCCAGCAUUCUUUUGAAAUAAAUCUGUUUUUGUCGAUUGAACAAGAACAAACGUA